AUGGCGACAUUACAGCCCCCGGCAGCUCGAUUGGCCGCUUCAGGCCUGAUCCGCAGCCCGCCGCGCAUCGCCAGGUCGUUCGGCGCUCGGCACAAAGCACUGCAGCCGGUGACGGCGGUCCGGCACAAGUCUGGACCGUACGGCUACACCCAGGCGAAGGCACUCGUCUUCUCCAAAUACGGGGAGCCCAGCGAUGUUCUGAAGCUCCACACGCACUCCAUCUCGCCCACCCUCCCCGACGGCGCCGUCCUCCUCCGCACCCUCGCGGCGCCCAUCAACCCAGCGGACGUCAACACGGUGCAGGGCACCUACGGCGCCAAGCCGACCUUCACGAACCUGAUCGGCACAGCCGACCCGUCCGCCGUGCCCGGCAACGAGGCCUGCUUCGAGGUCGUCGCGCGCGGCUCGGGCGUCGCGUCCCUCCGCCGCGGCGACUGGGUCAUACCGGCGCGGACGGGCUUCGGCACCUGGCGGACCCACGCGCUCGUCGAGCGCGCCGAGGCGAGCCUGCUCAAGGUCCGCGACGCCGACGCCGACGCCGACGCCGGAGACAUCACGCCGCUGCAGGCCGCCACCGUCUCGGUCAACCCGUGCUCCGCAUACCGCCUGCUGCGCGACUUCGUCGACCUGAUCGGCCUCAGCGUGCGGAGCUACUCGUCCGGCGACCCGGCCAGCGGCGGCGCGUGGUUCCUCCAGAACGGCGCCAACAGCGGCGUCGGGCGCGCGGCCAUCCAGCUGGGCCGCCACUGGGGCCUGCGCAGCAUCAACGUGGUGCGCGAGCGGCCCACGCCGGCCGAGACGGACGCGCUGAAGGACGAGCUCCGGCGCCUCGGCGCGACCGUGGUGAUCACGGAGCGGGAGCUGCUGGACCGCGGGUUCGCGGCCCGGGUGAAGGAGGAGUGGACCCGCGGGGGCAGGGACCCCGUCAUGUUGGGUCUCAACUGCGUCGGCGGCAAGUCGGCCACGGCGCUGGCGAGGUGCGUGUCCGACGGCGGGACUGUGGUGACGUACGGCGCCAUGUCCAAGCAGCCCGUGGCGCUGCCGACGGGGUUGCUCAUCUUCCGCGACUUGCGGUUUAGGGGCUUCUGGCUGAGUCGUUGGGCUGAUGCUGAUAGGGAGGCCAAGAAGAGGACCGUCGACGAGAUACUGGGCCUCAUCAGGGAGGGCAAGUUCAGCGACGUCCCCUCCCAGGAGAUCAGGUGGGACUGGGGCACCGAUGAGAAGGUGCUGAAGGAGGCCGUGCAGGGCACGCUGGAGGGUUUCAGGGCCGGAAAGGGGGUUUUCAUGUUUGGCGAUACAUGA